AGCACCCAACAGCCAUGACGGCGCGAGGAAGGAGCAGCCCUUGCCGGCGGCUGACCGCAGCUCCCCCCUCCCUCUAACCCUCUCCGCCAUCCAUCCCCGGCCCUAGCCUCCUCUGUCGCCCGGCCUUCUCCUGCCUGGUCGCGUGCCUGGGCAGCCCGGCGCCCGGCGCCCGUCAAUCCAUUCCGAGGGCGGCGCCUGGCUGGGCUCCGGCGCCAACCGGCCCGCAGCCGCAGCUCGCCUCGUCCUGCGUCCCUGCUCUGCCUCGCCUUCCUGUCGUGCUCGCCUGCCCCGGGACUCCCGCGUGCCUCCAUUGCCACGGGUUGCAGGAGCCCCAACCUGCUCGGCCGCCCCUCUACUCGGCAGUGCCCGGGUCCUCUGCCUACAUCGAAGCUCAGGAAAGAUGCAUUUAACUAACUGUUACGCUGAUAAUUAAGAGUGACUAAGUGCAUUUGGAAAGCAACGGCAAUGCCAAAAAAAGUGGAUGAUUUCGCCAAAUUGAUAUGGAGGUGAUGUAGUGGCAGUCCGUAGAAAAAAUAAGGUUCACGUUUGCCAUUGACUUUAAGUAUGGAUCUCGCCCCUUUCAAGAUGGAUAUUGACGAGUUACUAGAUGAUUAUACCAAGGAAAAUUGCACGUCAUUCACUGAUUUCAAGAGAGUGUGGAUGGCCAAGAAGUUUUCUUAUAUCUAUGAAGGCAGGCCCAAGACGAACUCGGGCGUUUUUAUGCAAUCCCUCUUUUUGCAUUGUAUUGGCCAUAUGACUUCCCAAAGUUCUCUACUUCAGAGGUUGCCUGGGCUUUACUGCCUUUACUGCCUUUAUGAGUGUCAACCAUACAAGCCACACUUCAAAAUUUAUCUGUCUCUUGAGGAGUCCAAGAAACUCAAAGACUUUGUCAUUGAGGCUAAGCAGAACGGGCUUGGUCUUGUACCAGCACUUGUCAAAAGGAUGCUAGAUAAAGGCAUGUUUCUGUUUGGGUUCAUAAAUUUGCUUGGUGACAUUGUGGCAAAGGAGGUUGAUGAAAUGAAUGCAUCCCAGAAUAAACGGGUGGAAUUUGCCUGUGACAAGUUGUUUGCAAAUACUCAAAUAGGGAGUUAUACGCACACAGAUUUGGGAGUGGAGUUUGAACUUGACAGCAUCAAGAAAUUGUCAAUGGACUACGCUAAAGCCAAAGAAUCAGCUUUUGCAGAGGCAAGCCAAACUGUUGAUGUGGAAGAUGCCAAGCACAUCCUUCAGAAUGACAAACUGCUGGGUGACAAAGUAGAGGAAAUCGUCAAAGAGUGGGAUGCCCAGAAGGAAGAGUUCUACCAGAAAACAGGUGUAUCUCCUCAUGAUGAAAUGGUGGUGGUUGACAACGACGAAUCUGGAGAAUUCUAUGACGAAAAUGAAACCGACGCCUUUGAUGAGUUAGAACAGCUGCUGCUGGAGUGAGGGAAAGCAUCCAGUAGUCUCUGAAUGACUGAAGAACUGUUCCUCUGCUCAUGUCCCUGCUCAUGUCAUUUUGCCACGGCAUGGAAUCGACAUUGGGCUGACUGAACAGGCCCAAAAUAUUCUUGAAAGCAUUUUUUGUCACAGCAUGCCUGAAGCAAAAAAAAAAAUGUAGGUAGUUCUAUUUUGGUCGGAUGAAAUGUUGCCUGAUGUACAUAUCUCCGUUGAUCAAACUGGGGUUUCCUAAUUU